GCUUAAACAAACAGACUGUAAGAAGUGGUACUUUUCAUCUCUAAACACACAACUCAAUUUGAGCUAUCUUCAACACAACUCAAAAACUUUUUAUAUUUCAGGUAACCAACGCGCUUUUGUGUCACAAAAAUUCGCUUGCCGAUGAGGUUUUUCUACCCAUUUUGACUCCGGAGCUUGACCUGGUUUUGACUCAGUGGAGUUUUGGAGCUGAUAACAACGGCUAGAGCUGAAAACAUUUCACUCAGGCUCAACAAUCCUUCUCUAUCCGAUGUUGAACACAGUUUGUUGCUCUAUUCAGUAUCCCAAUAUCUCCAACUUCAAAGGAGCCUUAUAAAGGAUGUGAAAUCUCUAGAUUUCCUCUCUUUAAGUUAAUCGUUUGACACAAAGCUAGUCAAUUAGGUAUUAGAUCAACAAGUCAAAAUCAAAAAACAAGUCUCACAAACGUCCUUACACUAUACCUAAAAUUGUGAAGAUGACAAUUGCUAAACAUACAGAAGUCCCAUAUAUUAAGACUCCUUUAGUGGAUUCUAAGGAGUUGACAAAAGAAGCGCCAUGUAGAAUUUUUUUGAAACAAGAAUUUAUUCAACCUUCAGGAAGUUAUAAGAUCCGUGGAUUGUCCAACUUGAUAAAGACUUCUUUAGAUGAAAUCAAAGCAAACCCAGCAAACAAUGGCAAGAAAAUUCAUGUUUAUGCUGCUUCUGGUGGUAAUGCUGGUAACGCUGUUUCUUGCGCUUCAAAUUUCUAUAAUUUGGAAUCCACAGUUGUUAUUCCAAAAGCUACAAGCUUGAAAAUGAGACAAAAGAUUGAACGGAAUGGAUCCACUGUCUUGGUGAAAGGUGAAAAUAUUGGUGAAGCUGCUGAAUAUCUAAGAGAUGUUUUGAUUCCAAGUCUAGGAGAAGAUGUGGUACCAAUCUAUUGUCACCCUUAUGAUAUCCCAGCUAUAUGGCAUGGCCAUUCCUCUAUGGUUGAUGAAAUUGUUGACCAAUUGGCGGCAAGAAAUGAAUUGGAUAAAUUGAAAGGGGUUGUUUGCUCUAUGGGUGGUGGUGGACUAUAUAAUGGAUUGGUUCAAGGAUUAAGAAGAAACAACCUAUCCAAUGUCCCAAUUUUAACUCUAGAAACUGAUUCCUGUCCAACUUUUGAGGAAUCUAUAAAGGCUAAUAAGCAAGUGGUCAUAAAGAGUUGUAAAACUAUUGCAACUUCAUUGGCUUGUCCAUAUGUCUCUUCAAAGACAUUGGAAUACUAUAAUACCCAUAAGACUAAAAACCUAUUGGUUACUGAUUCAGACGCAGCAAACUCUUGUAUAAGAUUUGCCAAUGAUCUCAAUAUCAUCGUUGAACCAGCAUGCGGUGUUGCUUUGUGCAGCGUUUAUAACAAGUUGAUUGAGAAGAAUAUUGAUUUCUUUGAUGAUUUGAAACCAAAUGAUAUUAUUGUUGUCAUUGUUUGCGGUGGAAGUGCAACAACUGUUCAAGAUUUGAAUGAAUACAAGCAAUUAUAUCAUUGA